AUGAAUUUUACUUGGGUAUGCAGACAAUCCUCAGAGAAUUUCACCAGUGACUUGCUCGAAAUAUCCUCCCCCCUUCCCAGUUCAUCGCAGGUAAAUUUGGACCGAGGAGGAUGUUAUGGAACUGGUGCGGGGAAAAUAGGAUCUGGUGUGUCGUUGCUGAAGAUAAACAGCGGUUAUAUGGCAGAGAACAGUUCGUAUUUGAUAACACUUGUCGUCAGGAAAGAUAGGAGACAAGCCAUGUAUACUCAGGAGGUGGCCAUUGUUCCUGGGGAUCCACCAGAGGUUCUAAUAAGGUUGGAACGAAGAAAAAUUAAGCUUUAUAAAUUACCUUAAACUUAAAGUGCCAAAAGUAAUAAAAUCACGGACUGAUAUAAACUAAACAGACAAGAUAUCAAAUCUUUACAUUGGCUGUUGUGAAAUUUAAACCGCCACUCAAAUCUUACUUUUAUUCCUUAUUGUUUUGUGUCAUUAUACAUUGUUGAAUCAUUUAUUCGCUUCAGCUAAUUUUCUGGUAACAUAAAAAGUGGAAAGGAGAGGGAGACAAAAAAAGAAGCUAUUUUGGCUAGUCAGGGACCCUUUAAUAGCAUGUAAGGAGCCACGAAAGAUAGCUUAUCCUCCUUCUUAUAAUCACAGCUGACCUUAUGACGGUUUUCCUUUCUUCCUAGCUUUUGUUGGUGUCAGGUUCACCGGUUCUUUUCGGUUCUCCUAACUCUCUCGUUCUUGCAGCCUCUGUUUCUUCUGGUUCGCGUGGAUCUUUUGAUUCUGAUGGUUCUUUUGUUUUGACUUUCUUGGUUCUUCUCAGUGGUUCUUCUAGAUAUCAUGAUUGUUCUGGUUCGUCUGGUCCUUUUGGUAAUCGUGCUUGUUUUGGUUCUUACGGCUUUUAUGGUUUUCGUGGUUCUUGUAGCUCUCUGUUGUCGUACCAGGUUAGGUAGUUCUCGCACUACCUUUAAAAAUGGCGCGAAAACCCUGCACACGAAGUUUUAUUGCGUGAGCAUCAAUGCUGACCUACAGUUCCUUUUUUUCACUCCAGUGAAAAGCAGCUUGAAUAACAGUUGUUUGGAAAGUGUUUUUCAGUAAAAGUGUUGUAAGCAAUUUUUUUAUUACUUUGCUGUUGUAUUAGACUAAAACAACUUGCGUCCCUUUUUCUACCAAUAAGAAGCCAACUUUGACUUUCUCGUGCAAGGUGUCUGACUUUACAUAAGACUCAAUGUACUUAGUCAUUUCUACGUGGUCAUCCAAGCCACGCUAAGGUCCGGCUGUUUGUAGGGCAACCCUAACCCUUCUUCGAAUCCUCAACAUCUCGCAGUACAAACCACAUCUCAUCAAACCGAGCUAAUCCUAGUUUGCGGUUAAAGUAAUUCUCUCUAUUGUAAUUAACUUUUGAUGUAAUCAACUUAUUUUUAUUCCAGAUGCUAUGACAAUUGUGACGCGAAAGUGAACCCAUCAAGAAGACUUGCACUUGAAACGCUCUGCAAAGGUUCUACAUGUAGUAAGCGUCUUGAAUAUCGUUGGUCCUUAUUCGAAUUGAGAAGUAACAAGCUAUCUUCAGAGGGCGGAUGGCAUAGAGUAAUAACCCUGCAAGAUAAACUUCGAACAAGACCUUCCUCUCCAAGAAUUGUCACGCGUGCGGGAGUUCUGAAGCCCAAUACGAAGUAUAAGUUUGUGUUGACUGCUCAGAGACUCGGGGGAUACCCAGGUUAUUCCGAGUAUCAAGUAACAACCAACAUUCCUCCUGCUGGAGGAAUUUGUCAAGUGAGUCCAGAGUCAGGAUUCACUCUUGUAACAGAGUACACUUUCACAUGUGUCAAUUGGACGGACACAGAUGUCCCACUGCUGUAUGAAUACAUUUACUUCACAAAGAACUAUGAUCUUAAUGUGGUUUACAAAGGCCAUAAACAAAGCAAGCUAACAAAACUUCCUGCUGGAGAAAAGGCCUCCAACUUCACCAUUGACUUCCGAGUGAGAGUGGCUGAUAUGUACGGAGCAUUUACUGAAGUUAAAAUUCCCGUUCAGGUAAGAAAGCUCUUCCGUAACCGUUUUUAACAUAGACAGUUAAAAUUAUUACAUGUAAGUAGAAAUUGCUUUUGCAAUUUCGACGAGGCACUGUCUCAUAUGAGUGGUUCGUGUACUUCCAAACAAAUCACCCAGAUUUUAGAUACCGUGAUUGGAUAUCGUUUCCACACGCCAUCUGCCCUACAGACAAUUUUCGGGUUGGACAGCUUGAGUUACUGAUCCGUCAGAAAAAGUUCAUCAGUAUUACAAGAGAGAACAUGAUAUUCUUUUACCUGUAUACUUUGCUUACUUCUUUAUACCAACUGAUGCUGCAUUCUAUAUAUUUAUGUGACAGGUUAAACAGUCUCAACCAACAGAUAAGAGUGUUAUCGAUGUUGCCUCAGACCUGACCACUGGAGAUGACAGUGAGUUGAACAAGUUAAUCCAGUCAGGUGAUGUAUCACGUGCUUUCCAGUUGGCUAAGGCAGCUAUUGUGGCCGUUGAUGAUGACAAGAAAACCCGCCCAGUUUCUCAGGACCAGUUAUUAGAGAAGAGAAGAAAGGUAGGAAUUGUCUCGGAUCAUCAUUAGUAAGGGGCUGUUUACAUUUAUUUAUUUAUUUACAAACUUCGCCAACUGGCCUGGAUACCUCACAGGGUAAGCUCUACUACGAGGUCCAGAAAAAAACACUAAUAACUAAAUUGAUAACUACAAUAAUGACAAUGCACUAGAAACAAAGGAAAGACAAUAACAAACAGGACAGGGGCAAACAUUGGUAAAAGAAUCAACAACACAUUUGAUCGAGCAAGUUAGUCAAUGGCCGACUAGUGUGGCACUUCAAACUCUUGUAGGCUGGGGGGUGUCGACAUCAUAAACAGACUUAGCCGUAAGAUACAAAUAGUAAUUAAAAGUUCUUUCUUUAAGUGCGCUACUGAACAGUCAAACUUCCGAAGGUGGGCUGGUAGUUUUGUUUUUGUACAUGGAGGGAGGAAGAUCCUAGCACCCCCGGGACAUCCCAGAAGGCGGAUCAUCCUAGCGCCAUAUGUUUUCUGUAUUCAGUUUACAUGCAAAGGGUUGCACUUGUCCCUAGUGCGAGGAUCUUCCUAGCUGAGAGGUAGGAAGAAGUGGUGGAGGACAAUAAAGGCCGACCAUUUCGUUUGGCGUUACCACGAGCUGAUUAUUGUGAUAACUCCGCUGAAAGGUCGUUAUUAAUGCCAGUGAAUGCCGAAAUUUCUGCAUAUAAACCGAUGUAAAGUUUUUCCGCCUUCUAGGAUCUUCCUGGUACUAGAUCUAACUGUAGUGAGCUUUUAAGAUACUCUUGUACUCUUUCUUGUCCGUGCUUUCUUGUAACAUAACUCUUCUAUUUUGUUUCUACAUAAUGACAUUAUUUCUCCAUGCACCCUUAUAGUCUUUACAUUUAUGCUAAAAGAUUUACAUGUAUUACAGUACUUACAUGUUUUAUGAUUGGCAAGUUUAGAGAUAGCAAUGCUCAGAGCAAGUCGCUUAAAUUCUUCUCAAAUAAGUUAUUCUUUUAAAAAAAUGAAAACUCGACUUAGGCAGUUUCCUGUUAAGAAGGCAAUACUUUUCAUGUUUCUCCAAAUGAAGUGUCUCCUGUUGCAGGACAUUUCAGAUUUACUCUUGAAUGCUAAAGGUGUUUUCAUGCCCUCUCGUACCCAUAAUUUUUCUCAUGUACCUGAUGUAACGCUUUUUGCACUUCAUGUCUAUUCUUAAGAUUAAGUCGAGCAUUGUAAAGCAGCUGUCAGAAGUGAACGUAGAAACUGUGGAAAGAAUAAAACAAACUUCUGACGUCAUAGCUGAUGCCACCGCGGUAUUGAGCGAGGUCACCGUAGAAGCAGAGGUAAUUAUAAGUUUUGGUAUAAACACUACAGAAAGAGGUUAUUUGUAACGUGGGAACAAAGUUACAACAAACAAUAUCAUAGGUGGCGCAUACAGUGGCGAGGGCACUCGCCUCCCACCAAUGUGGCCUGGGCUGCCCUCGGCCUGGGUCGCCCUCGGGUUGGUUUUUUCUUUCACGAUAGUUUUAGUUUAUAUUAUGCAUAUUGUUCACAUUUUUUUCUGAUGUACCUACAGUAUUGAAGAGAAGAGUUUGCUUAGCAAUCAGACCUUUAUUACAUAAUGAUCACGUUUGUUGUUGUUGUUCUUGUGACCUUAAUGUUUUUUUAAAAAAUCAAGCCGAGAGAUUAUCUACUGGUUUCAAAAUCUAAUGACUGGCUUAAGAUUAAAAGGAUGAAGAAUUUGUAAGAAUCAGCUCAACUGUCUUAAGUCGGUAAUUUGAACGAGACUGAUCUGACAGGUAGAAGCCCAUCAAAGACUUAACAUUGGUAUUAAAAUUUCAAUGAUAGACAUCUCGAUGUACUGUAUUUUUAGAAAGCUGCUACUGACGCCCUUCAAACGAUGACGUCAGUCUUGCAAGAGGAGUCAUCAAGAGGCAAAAACUUUGAAGAUUUAGUUGACGGUGCGAUGAGUUUGGUGUCAGGUCUGGGUAGCGUUCUUAGAGUUUCUUCGUUUGGAGCAAAAGCAUAUAAUUCUAUGUCACCUGAAGCAACUGGUGACUGGGCAAAAUUAAAGCGCAGAAGAAGAGGAAGCUUUGAAGAAUCAAUGCUUGAGUUUAUUAACCUCUCAAGGAAAAGAUAUAUAAGAGAUGUUGCAAGUGAGAAGGAACAGGUAAUAUGGAGGCUUCUAUAAACUUAAGACUUUACAAUCACAGUUAUUUUUAAAACUAAGAGAAGUCUCUCUCGAUUUUUCGUCAACAUCUCAGUAAUAACAAUCUUUCAUCUGUGAACGUUUAGACGUCAUGCUUCUAUUUUCUUUAAUCUGUAAUAUUUAAGAUAUUUCACGUGCUUACUAUAUUACAGUCUCCCUUUCAGUUUGUCCAGCUUUUUAUAUACAUAGCAUUUGAACCGGGAAAUCAGUUUGCUUUUUUUAGGGGUGGGGGUGGGGGUGGGGGUGGGGGGGAUUUCAAAAGGAUUCGAAUCCCGCUGGCCUCUGCGUUAGCGCUAGAUUGCUCUACCAACUGAGCUAUGAACACCCAUCCAUUGGGAGCAGGCCAAUUUGUUUAGUUCAUCUUAACCAGUGAGAAGAAUGAAACAUGGAAUGAAGAUGUUAAUUGUUCAUUUAUCUUUGCCUGAAUGCAGCGAAGCGUAAUGAAACAAAAGAUAAAUGGUUUCUUGAAUUCCCAAGCACAGGUGCAUUUGUCGGCAGUGUGUUUUAAGUGCCAGUAUGAGAUUAUGCGAAGAAAGUGUGAUAUGUAAAAUAGCAAGUAUAUAUUCGCUGAACAGUAAACAAGUUUCAUUGUGGAUUUUUACAAGCUGACAGUUAAAUUUUGUUCUUUUUUAUAUUUUGAUUGAAAUCCUGUAAUCCAUUUCCUCGUAACGAUUUUAGUUGUGUUUUCCUGAUGAUUGACAGUUAUUAUAAGUGGUUUUGUUUGUUCAAUUUACUUUGGCCGGAUUAAACGUAUACAGUUUGUUUGAUUUUUUGGUGUCCAAACAGUGUAAACAGUUGUUUUUGUUUUGUGAUUAGUUGGUUAGUUCAAUAAAUGGGCUAAGAAUUGUCUGCUUAUCCCGCACCGCAUUUCUGGUUGUCAGUUUUUUGGGUGCGGGAAAUUCAAGAAUUUGCAAUUGCUGAAAUUGCAAUUACCACUGCGACGAUAAUAUCUUCAUUUAAAAAAAUUUGUGUUUCCGAAGUUCAUAUCAUCUUCAUUCUAAGAAAAGAAAUAAUUUUAAAAAAUUCAGCUUUCGCUUCUUGGCGGUUGUACCGUCACAUGACCAGAAAUAUGGCCCAGCAAAAUGAAAAACUAAGGUGUACCACAAAUGCAAUCUGCAUUUAAGAUUCCGAGUCAAAUGUGGGUAAGAUAAGGAUAUGAUGUAUUUUUGCAGGCCAAACAACGUGCCAUUGGUAUUUUGAAUUCCCUUGACGAUGUCGGAAAAACCAUUUUGUCGCGCACCCUGGUCGGCGAGGAGCCAAGAGAAAUGUCGAGAAGGUCCGUAUCCCUGUUAGUGGCCCGUGAAGAGCCUGAUUUACUCGCUGGUUCAGUAAUAUCAAGUCAAGGAAGCAGUUUUACUCUCCCUUCAUCUACGAAUCUGUUUGGGAAUGAAACACAGUUUGUGGACUCUCAGGUAACGUGUAAAACGUCAUGUGAAAGCAGCCACGACACUGCGUUAACUUAUUUUUUUCCCUCGUAUUUUCCUAUAACAAGUUCAAAACUUAAUUAAAAUAGAAAAAAACAAAAUCCAGAAAAAAGACGUCUAAAAAAAACGAGAAAAACAUAGACAUGAACUUGAAGCUCCCGACAGGUUCCUAUAGGAUCGAUGGUAGACUUUCAUGCACCAAUCGAACCCAUGAUUCUUUGACGCCAGAAAAGCUGUAAAGCGAACACAACGAGGUUAUGGACCACAAAGCGUCCGUGUGAGCUACGACGCCGGGGCCAUUCACCAGGACAUGGAUCAGAGUCGGCUCCUGAUUAGGACAAAGGACUUCUUCAGAAGUCUUUGUCAACAGUUGUAUAUGAGGUACGUUAUCCCCUAUGUAAUCAAAGUGUAGGAUGGGAAAGACAUCAACCGCGAUGCAAAUAAGCUGAUGUACCGUUUUCCUUUACGCCUGCGGCUAAGUCAUGUGAUCGUGUUGGGUGGGAGCCAAUCAAGGGCAGGAUGAGGCGAUUUAUGCAUCCUGCUCUCUUCUUGGCAAGGGUUAAGGUCGCCUGCAAUGCUACUACUCUUAGUAAUUUUAUCAUUUGUUUGGUAGCCUUGAAAAAGCAACAAUACGCAGGAUUUCAACUACACUUUCGAAUCAACAGGUGGCUGGGAAUAAUUCUGUUUUUUUUUCUCGGCUGACAGAUGAUGACGACUGAAUACACGUAUUAUUCCUGGGAUUCCACAGGAUCCAGAGUCACUACUGGCGUUUCCAGCCUUGAGCUAAGGAACAGCAUUGGGGACCUGCUUAAUGUCACCGACUUGAAAUCGCCUAUUUCAAUCAUUAUUCCAAACACUCAAAACUCGACAAACAAUUCACGAUCUCAUUACGUUGGAGCUAACAGAACCGUUUACCAUAAAAUAAAUAUAACUACCUCUGGAAUGGCUAUAAUAAUAAAGGUACGACCAGAUAAUAACGCCACAGACUUCCUGGUGUCUAUAAAAUACAACGAACGGCCGUCACUCAACAACAGCGACUUCAACGCCACAGUUCCUGAUUUCUCUACCUGCAUUCGAUCUACGUCUGGUUUUGGCAACUGCUCGCGUGAUCCAUAUGCUGUUUACGUAGACAAUGCGCAUGUCAGUCAGAUAGGAUACUACUUUAUUGGAAUACAAAUCAAUUCAAAUACUCCUGUGGUUUCCAGAGCAAAGAGAUGCAGUGGUCAUGGACGGUCGAAACGAUCAUGUGUGAAAUAUAAGGAUGCACCUCCUGCGGAUGGUCCGAAUCAAGCCAAGUCGUACCUUAAGCCACAGUACUUCAAAGGGGACGAAAACUAUACCAUGCAAGUUAUACCAGCUGCUUGUCUUUACUGGAGUACGGAGCUCUCAAAGUGGACAACUGACGGGUGUAGGGUAAGUUUUCUUGUUCUCCUAAGCCCUAUAGUGCGAGAGCAAGGGGUGACGCAGUGGUGCGGACUGUCUCCUCCCACCAACGUGGCUUGGGCGUAGACUCCAUAUUUGUUGUUGUUUCUUUUCUUUCGUAAAGCGCACCUUUAAACAGCUAUUUUGACAGUAGAAAGGUGCUCACGCUGAAAUAAUACUUUCUAUGUCUUUGAUCAACAGGUCGCUGAGACGACAACAGUCGACAACAUUCACUGUCUUUGUAAACAUUUAACGGCUUUUGCGGGUCAGCUGUUUGUGGCCCCAAAUCCUAUUGAUUUUGACAAAGUUUUCAUCGAAUUUACUCGCCUUCCGGAGACCGGGAAUGUCUCAGUUAUCAUAGCCGUAAGCUGUGUGUUUGGUUUGUAUCUUGUGCUGUUUAUUUGGGCCCGGAAGACGGAUAAAGAAGACACAUUGAAGGUAUGUGCACAAAAAGGAAUAGCUGCCCAAGCCUCUCCAUGUGAGAUCCCUUGUCAUAAGGGUCAGAGAAACUUAAAAACGAAAGCAAAUCGAAAAAAAUCAUUACUAGAACAGUGACACAAUUUUAGAUAAUUUACUGAAAGAGGUUUUUAUUGCCAAUGAAUGAAUAGUCGCAUUCUCCUCAGAACGUGUCACAGAACGCGAUUCUGUGCUUAUCUUCCAGCGUCAUUCGUGGUGUAUCUAAUAAGCGUGAGCAAGCUUGAGCAGUCGUUGAUGCGAUCCUCCUAUCUUGUCAAGGUUCUCGACCUACUUAGGGAUCUUUUCCCAGGUACUUGACGUACUUGCCCUUCCAGUACAACCUUCUCUAAACUUGCCCACAAGUCGAGCUCAAAAUUUUUCUCGAGCGUGAAGCGCGAGUGAGAGAGUUUUUUAUGAAAAAAAGGGAGCGAGAGAGCAGGAGCUCUUCUCUCUGAGAUCUACUACCGGAACCGGAUAUAAGGAGCGAAGGACAGCAACCAUAUCUAUGGGACUUUAAGCUUAUUUCUAAUGGAAGCAUUCUUCCUUUUCUGCCGAAUCCACCGCACAUGCAAAAGUUUUUUUCUGUAGCGUUUACGCUCGAAGGUUGUGAUGUAUACUUACUUUGAAUCACAGUGUAUUUGAUUGCCCCCAACUGGCACCUUACGUGCUCAAUAUUCAAUUUAAAAUCGUUCCAACAACAAAUAUUUUUAGCACGUGAAGCUAUUUCUUUAAUCGGAAAAUGCAUUAUCAGAGCACUGACACAAAUUUUCAUUAAUGUAAUUGAAGUUGUUUUCAUUGAGGGUAAUCAGUUCAAAAUCGCGUUUUAUCUCUUCAGAUUGGGGAAAAACCAUUCUUGGGAUCUCUUUCACCUUGGAGCUAUCGAUACGACAUCCAGUUAUCAACAGGAAUCUGGUAUGAUUCGGGUACCACUGCUAAUGUGUUUCUUAUUAUAAAUGGAGAGGCCGGAUCUAGUCGCCCUUACCAAUUAAAAGGUGGGACGGCAAUUCCAUUUGCAAGAGGGAGUAUAACGUCCUUUACUAUCUCGCUCAACAAUUACAUUGGUCCCGUAAAGGGUGUGCGCGUUUGGCAUGAUAAUUCUGGGUCCAGUCCUUCAUGGUACCUUAACACUGUUAAGGUGCUAGAUGUAUCUAGUGGAGAGUUAAGGACGUUCAUAUGUUACACAUGGCUGGCUGUCGAAAAGGGUGAUGGACUGGUGGAUCAGACUCUGGAGUCGGGAACGCAUGACGAAAAGAAAAUGAAUUUUAAGGUAAGAGAAAUAACUUCUUUAUUGACAACGAAGCAUAGAAACCACAGCAUGAACACCGAAACUUGAGUCAGCUGGGCACGAGUGACCGCGAAGUAGGUCAUUAAAGUCAAGGAAUUAAGGAACGAUGUUUUGGAAGUUUAAGACUUGAAUUUUUCAACUUUGCCAAGAGGUGCUUUGAUUAGCCAUUUAAGGUUUUUCUGACUCUACGAUAAAUCUGAACUGUUUCAUAAGUUACUUCUUUGUCAAACGGUGUGUAAAAAUAGCCUUGUAAUUAAGACAUUGGUCAUUAACGUAAUUGUCCAUUUGAUUUAUUUAUCCGUUCGAGUAGUCAAUCAUGUGUUCUUUGAUGCAAUAAGCUUGACGAAGCAAAAAAAUUGUUUUCGUUCCAGGUUUCUUUCCAUAACAGAAUUGCUGAGGAAUUCGGCGAUGGGCAUUUGUGGUUUUCAGUGGCCACUAGACCUCCUAGAAAACGCUUCACUCGCGUUCAACGCCUAUCUUGCUGCCUCUCGCUCCUGCUUACUACCAUGCUUGCUAGCGCCAUGUUCUACGAGCUCGACCUUCAGAAUGAUACGAAACAGGGUACUUUAAAGCUGGGAAGUCUAGUCCUUAAUCUUCGGCAGCUAAUCAUAGCAGUUGAGAGCCUGUUAGUGGUCAUACCUGUCAAUUUACUGAUCGUAGGAAUCUUUAGUCACACAAAGUCUUCAAUUGAGAAAGAAGCCCAAAUACAGCGAAAAUACACCGUAACAAGGCCACUUAGCAUUCACAAGGUGACAAGGAACCGCAUGGGAACAGGCCAGCGCUGUACAUUGCCGCACUAUUUCACCUUUUUUGCGUGGAUACUUUGUUUUCUCUCCUCGGUUACAUCGGCUACGUUUGUUAUCUUUUACAGCUUGCAAUGGGGCAAGGACUUAAGCGAACAGUGGUUGAUUUCGAUAGUACUGUCCACAUUUCUGGACAUUUUUGUGUCCGAACCAGUCAAAAUCGUUGUCGUAGCCUUGGUACUGUCUCAUUUUUGUAAGUCAGAUUUUGGAGGUAUUGUUGAGACGCCGAGUACUGUUCUUCAUUUCGACGACAUUAAAAUAAGCAGAAGCUUCGAUGAAAAUGACAACGGUGAAAACGAGGAAGAUGGUAUUGAGAUUCCAGAGCCGCCAAACAAGAAGCAAUUGCAGCGUGCGCGAAAAUAUCGCAUAAGGGAGUUAUAUAUGUAUCGAGCCAUGCGGAGGAUUCUCGGUUAUCUUAUAUAUCUUUGGAUUGUGAUGAUGAUUUGCUACGGAGGACGCAGUCAGGACAGCUACCAUCUGUCCUCGUCCGUGGAGAAAACAUUCGGACGACUAAAUGAGGUAUAUAUUCUUUAUUAAUAACAUUAUCAUUGCUUGUUCCUACUCUUGUAUUUAGUAUACAUGGUGUAAGGCGCUAAGGUGUGAAUAACACUGACACGCCCAGGCCUCUAUUAAGCCGCCAUCCAUAUACAACACUGCUAACCAGAUUCAUCAAUGAAAACAAAGGAAAAAUCUAUGCGUCUGCUUUUGUAUAAAAAAGUCCCCAGCAGGGGGGAUUUAAUAGAGAAAUUCAUUGAUUCCGCGGGAGUGGAAUAUAUAUAACACGCUCAUCUCACUUAGGUUUGUUUAACUGUUUGUUUUAUUGCAGGUUUUUGUUUCCUUGCAGUUAAGCUCCGAGUUUUUUCCUCGCCAGUUUAGAUAUUGAAGAUAUUUAAAAUUUUGACAUAAAAUAUGUGACGAUCUAACGAGGUGGCGAGCGAAAACAGAGCUGAGUCUGGCGGGAGACGCUAACUGGAUUAUAUUAUGGGUUAUUAAUUUUAUGUUUCAAAUACAUCAAGCAACCAUAUACGGAAACAACAGAUGGAAUAAAUCAAUGGAAAGCUGUUAUCCUUUCCACGAUCUCAUGGUCUUAUCUCUUCCCUCUACUAUCUUAUUGUAAAGCCAGAUUUUCUUCACUACCACCUAAGUUCAGUUAUAUAAGAAAACUGUGUAUGCAAUAAUAAUUUCACCUCAAGAUAUCAAUAUUUCCUUCUCAUAGAUUUCAUCCCAAGUUACACUAUGGGACUGGGCACGAGAUGUCGUUAUACCAGGUCUCUAUGUGGAUAGCAAGGACGUCGCCGUGUCGAAUUCCACCCCAUAUAUUAGCGACGGUGAUGCCGUUCUUGUUGGAAUGCCACGACUCAGGCAGCUACGAGUGAUGAAAGGUAAGCAAAGGGUUUUCAUGACAAGGGAAAGUAUAUAUAGUAUAUAUAUUUAAGUUAACAGCUCUAAUUCUUGUCAUACCUUUGAAUAUGUUUAAUGUUUACAUGUCUAGAAAACUCUUGAGCGUCCACUGAGAGGCCAAACGGCCCUCAUAUCAUUUCACCCGCCAACUUACUGACUUACCGCCAACUUACUGAACCAGUGGCCUACAUUUUGAACCCUUCUCUUUCUUCUGGGAUAGUCCCGGCUAUAUGGAAGGUCUCGAACAUCACGCCUGUUCCUCUCAAAGGUGAAGCAGCCACUAUCCCCAUGCUGUCUCAGGGCCUCGAAGUCUUUAUUGUCUUUAUUGAGCACAAUGGUAAAGAAAUCAAUCCUCAUCAAUUUGGAAAUUUUGAGGGAUCUUCGACGAGUUGCUGCCUUAUCGACCUUUUGCGCAAUUGGCUUUUAACAGUCCAGAGUGCUAUUUGAGGGCACGUGUCCUUGACCAUGGACCAUAAAUUGACCUACGGGUACAACGCUCUAUCAUCCCUUGGGUUUUUAAAGCCGAGAAAUGUCGCUAAUGGGACAUGAACGAUCAGAGCAAUUGUUUUCGUUCAAAUAAGUGACAACGUCUUCAGAUAAAUUGGACACUUGGAAAUAAAGGGAAUUUAGCAGACACUGCGUCAGGGUAGUGGUGAUAGGAAGGAGCCGGCUUUAAACAAGACGAAAUGGGCAGGACGGCAGAGUUAAAAUAGGCUUUGGCUUUUCUUAUUCUUUUUUUACCAUCACAUUGUUAUCGACUCAUAUAACUGUUAACAAAAUGAUUUUCAUUUUCAGAUUCUUGCGAAGUUGUGGACGAAGCUAAAGGUGCAUUUAACUCCUGCAUUGCACUUUACUCAUUCGGCGCUGAAGAUAAAACAAAGUUUUACCAACCAGGGUGGCUCCUUAUCAAUGCAAUACAAAACACUUCAGCUGAAAAGUUGGACGAAAUUUGCCCUAAACCCUGGCGUUAUGCCUCGGCUGAAGAAAGUGAAAGCCUCGUAAUAUGGGGACGACUUCGCUCGUUUUAUAGCCAGGGAGGAUAUUUAGCAGAUCUUGGUUACACCGAAAAAACUGCAUCAAAGGUCAUUUCCGAACUAAACAAGCUUAACUGGCUCGACAGGUACACCAGUGCUGUCGUGGUUGAGUUCACAGUGUUUAACUCUCGUGUAAACCUUUUCAGUUCAGUUUGGAUAACAGUGGAAUUUUCACCAAGUGGUCAAGUUGAAUCGAAUCACAUGAUUCACACAAUGCAUGUCUACAACCUCAGCGCCGGAUACAGUUCAGUCCUUCUCUUUUGCCAAAUUUUGCUGUCCAUCUUCAUUAUUUACUUUAUAUUCAGUGAAAUAAAGGAAAUGGUUCGAAAUCCCAAACGUUACUUCUCUCAGUUCCUGAACUAUAUUGAGUUGGCUCAGAUCUUGAUUGCGAUUAGUUUCAUCAUUAUUCACAUCUUUAAAGAAAUCGAACUAUCUGCGAACACUGCAAAACUGAAUGAGAACAUAUUUCAGUUUAUAAGCUUCGAUAGAGAAGUUCUCCUUGAUGACACAGAGACGGCAUUACUGGCUCUUCUGAUGUUCUUUAAUACUUUCAAGUUGUUGUAUUUGUUCAAAUUUAACAGCCAUGUCGGGCAUCUAUCCGAUGUUAUGAAGACAUCAACCUUGGCGCUUAUAAACUGCUCGGUUGGAUUUUUCGUUUUCAUGUUCGCUUUCACUCAUUUCGGAUUUCUUCAGUUCGGAAAGGAGAUCCUGGAAUAUUCUGCGCCCCAUUCUGCUCUCCAGUCUCUUCUCAUCCAGGGGGUUGUCAACAAUGAGGUCCAACAACUCCAGGAUUGCCAUGACAUCAUCGGUCCUCUCUAUUUCAUUCUCUUCAACAUGUGCCUUCACUUCAUAUGGAUUAAUAUUUUCAUAGCUAUCCUCAUAUAUGACUACGGCACUGUCAAAAAAGUCACCAAAGGAAGAUAUUACCUAGGACGUUUCAUGAUGAAGAAAUUUAAGGAGAUGCUUAACUGCUUAGGAGACGAACGAGAAACGCCAAAGAAAAAGGAACAUCCGGUGAGGAAGAAGCAUAUUUCCUGGAAACUUGACCAAAACAAAAGGAAAGUACCAAAAAUAAAGAACUCAGAGCCUAACAAGUCAGAUCCGUUAGAGGAGUUGGAGAAACGUUUGGCAAUGAUGAGUCAACAACUGAGUGAUAUGUAUGUUGAUGAGUUGAGUGCUGACAUCGAUUUGGUUGGUUUGUGGCUUGAUGCCCGUGUAAAGGGAAACACAGCUCCUGAAAAGAGCGCUGGUUCCCACUCCAAAUUACCCGCCAGGGGAAUCAAAGAUGGACGACAGACGUCCCUUUCAACUUUACCAGGAAAGAAGUUAAAAAAGGACUUUCGAGUCAUAUAG